AUGAGCGUUUGGAAAGCAAAGACGCGCGGAAGAUUUGGGAAGAAAUUGCGCGGGAGAUUAAUCGAAGGUUUGGUACCACUCGCUCUGGAAAGAAAUGCCAGAAGAAAAUAUCUCAUCGAGAGAUACAAAAAGGCCAAGGAUUGGAACAGUCAUCAGACGGGUGGACACAGAUGGAAAACUGUCUUCUACGAUGAAAUAGAUGCUGUUCUUGGAUGCAGGGACGUUGUUACGUUACGUAACGUAGCCGAAGCGGGAGUGAGUGCAUCAACUUCUGCCGCCAAGUCCGACGUAACCGAGUCCAAGUACAACGAGUUACUAGGACAAGACACAAGCCCAGAAGCUCGAACGGAGCGCAGAAAGAAACGUAAAAGAGCUAGACCUCAAGAAGGCGAUGAAGAGGGAGACCUGAUUAAAGCGUCCUUGGUAGGAAUGGAGAAACAGCGAAAGGAAAUGAACACAAUGAUGGAAAGCUUUACAAGGAUGCAAGAGCAGCAAGCUAACACAAUGAAUGCACUAGUUGGGGCCCUGACAAAUUUCUUACAAAAUAGCGGCAACAACAACAAAUGA